UCCUACUCUGAACAGGACUUGGGACUGUGUACCUCCUGCCAUCCCUCUCAUCUGACCCUUGUUGUGAAAGAGCCAAUGUGGAGUUACGCCGGACUUCUGACCCACUUACUAUCUCUAUAUUAACUUUGUAUAAGUGCUUGUGUUUCAGAUGCAUUUCUACUCCUGCCUCUGACUGUGAGAGGGCGCGAGCUUUUUGUGCUCUGGCUGCUUUCUGAGGAUACUUCGUGGAACAAACAAUGCUUCAGUCCAGGACUUUGGCAGUGGCUCUGAUUCUGCUCCUCAGCACCAGUCUCUCUGAAGUGGGUGCUAAGGCUAUCACAAAGAGACACGUCCGUCGUGACUGGCUGAUUAUACCGGAUUCAAUUGCAUUUUACGUGUUCCAAUAUGUGAACAAAGUGUCCCCAAAAGUUGGUCAGUUCUUGGCAGAAGCUUUUCAGAUGCCAGUAAUCCUUGAGACCAGGAACUUUCUGAUAAAGGAGACCUCUAAAAUGAGUGUGCUGGCAGAACAGCUGGUAGAAAAAUUAACAGGCCUGUGGAAGAAGACAGAGGAAAAAGAGGAAGCCCCACCCCAGUAGUAGGACUGAAACAAAGCACAAGGCCACAUCACACAAGUAAUUAGAAUGUACAGUGUCCCCUCCUCGUGGAUUGAGGUCAGCUAUCAUAGAAUUCAUGUCCCUGAUGAUGUCCCAGGAAGGGGUGAGAAGAGAGUCUCUGCUCUUUGAAGCUUAUCUCCCUGGGGGAGAAAAAUACACUAUCAAAGUAGCUUCUGGAUGUCAGAGAGGGAAUAGAAGGAAGACCAAUGCUGUAGUUGAAUCUUAAGAGAACAAUUUGGCCACUUGGCCUUCCACCUCACCCAAUAAAGUUUUGGAUAUGUGUGUUA